AUGGCAACGAAUUUCUCCCAGGUGGCACCAUUACCCAAAAUCAAGCACUUAAAGCUCGGUGACACAGUGGGGGAGGGCUCUUUUGCUUUCGUUAAAACUGCAUCCCUGGAUUUUGAUCCCUCCACGAUUAUAGCGGUAAAAUUUGUUCACCUGCCUACGUGUAAAGAGCAUGGCCUUUCAGAAAAGGAGGUAACGCAAGAGGUCGUGACUCAAUCCAAAUGUUGUGGCCAUGCGAAUAUCCUUAAGGUUAUUGAUUGUAACAUCUCGAAAGACUACCUAUGGAUAGCAAUGGAAAUGGCGGAUGGUGGUGACCUUUUUGACAAAAUCGAGCCAGACAUUGGCGUGGAUCCUGAAGUCGCACAAUUUUACUUCCGUCAGCUUUUAAAUGCCCUUGAUUACCUCCAUGAGCAUUGCGGUGUUGCUCAUCGCGAUAUAAAACCUGAGAAUAUACUACUCGACAAAGACGGUAAUCUGAAGUUGGCAGAUUUUGGGCUUGCCUCUCAAUUUAGAAGAAAAGAUGGUACAAAAAGGGUUGCCAGGGAUCAGCGAGGAAGCCCACCUUACUUGGCACCAGAGAUUUUAUACAGCACCGAAUACUUUGCAGAUCUAACCGAUAUUUGGUCAGCGGGAAUACUUCUAUUUGUUUUGCUUACGGGCGAAACACCUUGGGCAUUGCCCAGUCGCGAUGAUACUAGUUUUUCAGCAUUUUUGAGAAAUGAUGGGAAAUUAACUAGUGGUGCUUGGUCAAAAAUUGAGUUUACACAGUUAAACUUGAUUAGAAAAAUUCUGCAGCCUGAUCCCCGCAAACGCGCAACGAUAAGGGAUUUAAAAUCCCAUUCUUGGUUUUCAGAUCGUAUUUCAUUCGCAGAUGAUAAUGACUUAUGUUGUAAACCGCAAGUAUUAGCAGCUAAGCUGUUAGAAAAGCUAGAAGUUUCCUUGGGCGAUGACGAAUAUUUGAAAUCAACGCAAGAUAAUCUCUACAUUGAUAGAAGUCGUGUCUUAUCAACACAACCCAUGAUCUCUGAUAUUGCUCAACUAGUACACAAUCCUUUGAAUAUCAAUGCCUUCACUUUUACGCAAAUCAACUUUUCCCAAGAACUCUUCCGCGAUGAAUCACUGGCACAAGAGGUAAAAUGGACUCAAUUUGUCAAUCAAGAUUACGCUACCCAACAAUUCAUGAGUGGACCAAUAAAAUUGCCCACGAAACUAAAUCCAGGUAGACUGACAAAAUUUUACUGUGUUUGUGACAUGGAUGUAAUUCUCCCGAGUUUGGAGCGAGCUUUGAAGUUAUCAAGUAUUCCAGUGAAGCUUGGACUUUACGAUAAAUUCUUGAGAUUGGUUAGUGAGCUAAGCUAUACUGACGUUUUUCCUGUGUCAAUUCAGAUAAAGACAGUGGACAAAAAAGGAUGGACUCUAUCAGGAGGUAUUACUAUAGCCGUUGUAGACGAUCGUUUGAAGGCUGUUAGCUUUGAAAGAAAAAGUGGAGAUCCCAUUGAAUGGAGGAGACUAUUUAAGAGAAUCAGUUUAUUAUGUAGAGACCUAAUUUUUGUACCAUAA